AUGCGAUCAUGGCAUAGCAUCAUCGCGGCAGUCGCAGCCUUCUUGAAUGCCCAGCUUGUCCUCUCAGAGGAGCUGGCCAUCGUUCGCACCUACGCAAGCACCUUCGAGGUUAACGAGUUGGAGAACUCACUCCGGCUUUGGAAUGAUGUCCUCCCAUGCCAUAUGGCGCCACCCGUCCCAGUCGACUUGAUUCUGGUCUACAGCCAAUCCUAUGAAAACAACAGUCAGGCACUGACUGUGGCACAAAACAUCGCCGAUGCCUUCGCCGUCGGCAACGAAAGCUGGCAUCACUGUUUCCGGGGGCUGAGCUAUCACUCAAUCAACCUGACAGCCGAGCAGGACGUGUAUGAUUCGCGAGGCUAUUCCAUCAGGAAAGAUUGGGUGAAUGGGCCCAACUCCGUCUUUCGAUCAGUUUUAGGUGCCUUUCUUAAUCAGAGUUUUGAAGCGGACUACGACGCAUUCUACUUCAUGGAGAUUGAUGCCGUGCCCGUCAAGGAGUUGUGGGUGAACCAGCUGAUUGCCGAGGCAUUCUAUUAUCCUCGGGCCGCCAUCCGUGGCAGUCGCUACCGAGGUGAUGGAUGGGAUGUUUUUCUUCAGCAGAUGCCCGACGACCUUAUCAUGCACAUAAACGGCAAUGCGAUUUACAACCUCCGGCAUCCAUGGCUUCGGUGGCUGUAUGAUCGCCUUGAGGAGGAGAAAGACUCGGAUAACAACACCGUUGCCUUCGAUUUGCGCAUGGCAAAUUUGACCAUGGAUGCGAAGACAGGGGCGGUCCCCGAGUAUGCAGAUGCAUACGAUGUGCUCGUACCUUCCGGGGAAGACCCGUAUGCGUCCGACUCCACAUUGAUCGGAAACUAUGCCAACACGCUGCUCAACGAGAGCUACGAGCUGGGCGUUUAUGUGCGGCACGGGUCGAUGAGCAACAUCUUUGUCAAUCUGCAGGACGACGUCACCCUUGGAGUGGCCGCUUACGGAUCUUCGUACGACAUGUUCAACCAGUCCAUCAACUCGAGUCAUCCUUUCAGGGAAAUCAUUGUUCUGUCUGGCAAGUCCGCCACGCAAGUCAUGCCGAAUGGGACGGAGGAGUUCAUUGAUACUCCAAAUGGCGAGACGCGUGUGCAGUUCCUCAAAGCCAAGAAGCGACUGUAUUACGCAAUGUGUGAACUGGCAUCCCUGACGACGACACCAUACUUCGUUUUUACCGAUACUCACCACAUCAUUUCAGGUCCAACCUUCCUAUUGGCCAACGCAUCAGGUGCACCCGUCCUUCCCUACAUCAGUGCGUCCUCCAGUUUCUGCACGAGUCGGCGAGAGUGCAUCCUCACAUUACAACAAGCCGAAGAUCUUUUCGGCAUCCAGCUCAACUUCCACCACGACACCUAUGAGGUUAUCUACCACACUUCCGAGGUCCAAGCCUUCUGCGAAGAUUGGCGCGUGGCGACGAAUGCCCUAGGCACAUACUCCAACUGCAGCUUCCAGUUCGGGCCGACGGCGGAUGACUUUUUCGCUUGGCAGAUCUCAAUGGGAAUGCAGCUGAACUACGUGCCCAAGGACAAAGAAAAGGUCGGCUGGCGUUCCAUGAGCAACUCCUGGGAGCCAGCGGCCGUCGAUCUCCGGUCCUGUUCGGUCUAUGGGCAGGAGCAGUACGAUGAGGUCAUGAGCAACAUCACCAGCUGCAGCGUCAUCAUAGAAGAUGCUGAUGCUUGCAACGCCGACCCAGCCUGCCAAUUCCGACCAAUUUUUCACACAGGCAAGUGCAUGGUGGCGCCCGUGCACGAAUUCAACUGGGUGCCGCAGAUCAUCUACACAACUAGCACUACAUCCGUCGUGACUGCGACCAUGACAAACACAUCCACAACAUCUGCAAGCUCAACGACCACGAUUACCGGCUCUUACACAGCCACGUCCACGACCUCCGCAACGACGCAGACCUCCACCUCAAGCUUUACAGAAACGACCACAACGACUGUAAGCAUGACGACCCAGACAGCCACAUCUUCUACCAGUCUUACUUCCUCUGUAAGCUCCACAGCAACAAGCACCACUAGCAAAAGCAAGACGACCACAACUUCCAGAACUGAUUCAACAACGAGCUCCUUCACGGCGACGUCUACGAGCAGUUCUACGGCCAGCACGACGACAACUCACAGCAUCACGACUACGACAACGUCCACCAAGACUGUCACGACUACUACUUCCCUGACAACCACAAUGACGACCUCCACUACAAUCACUGGCACCACCACUUCCUCCGUCACAGCUACAACUACGACAAGUGCCACAACAACCACCUCUGUCACGCGCACAUCAACUACUUCUACAUCUACCACUUUCACCUCGAGCUCCACUACAACAGUGACAGAAACAACCACAUCGAUCACCAUGACGUCGACUUCCACUUCAACCUUGACGACCAGCGUUUCGUCAACCACUAGCAAAACAGCGACCAGCACGAGCACGACGUCCUUCACAAGCACGACUUCCUCAACCUCUCACACCUCGACCUCAACAGUCACCGCGACAACCACAUCAGUCACAAGCACUUCUUCGAGUACCACCGAGACAUCCACGACGACUCACACGUCGAGCUCAACGAGCACGUCCAAGACCAUGACAUUCACAUCAUCCGUCACGACGACAUCGUCCACUGCGACCACCGCUACUUCAACGAGUACAUCUGCUACCAGCACUUCGUCUUCCACAUCCUCCACCACCACCACAACUGAGACCCACACCAGCACAACACGCACGAUGACAUCCACCUCAUUCACCUCUUCGUCCACCAUGUCAACCUCCUCGACCAGCUCCUCGACCACGUCCUCCUCUUCCACCACGGCAACCAGCUCAAGCACUUCAGCCACGAGCUCAUCCAGUACUACCACCAGCACGUCCUCAACCUCGACAUCCACGACGAGCUCGACGACUUCAUCGACCACUAUCUCUUCAACGACCACGCAGUCUUCCACGACCUUCACAAGAACGACCACAAGCGCAACCACGACCCUAACAACAUCCACAAGCUCAAGCGCCACAACUACCGUGACUACGCAGACUGUAACGUCCACCUCGCAGACAUCCACAUCUUCGACGACAUCUACCUUUACAACCACCUCAACCAGCACCACGACAUUCACGAACACAACGACUUCCACCCAAACGACGACAACCUCCACGUCCUCCAGCAGGACAAGCACUUCGUCCACAGUUUCAACGACGACCUCCACCGUGAGUUCCACUUCCUCCACUACUUCGACAACGACAUUGUCAAGCACCACCAGCACAACGUCCUCGAGUUCGACUACGUCGGGCACGUCGACCAGCAGCACUUCCAGCACCAGCACCUCAAGUUCUUCAACCUCGAGCAGCACGAGCUCAAGUAGCUCGACUUCAACCUCCAGCACCACGAGCAGCACCACAUCUGAAACACGAACAAGCUCGACAGUGACGAUGUCGUCGACAAGUACAUUCACACACACUACCACCAGCGCGACUUUGACUACUACGUCGACGAUGACGAUUACGAGCACCAUCCUUCCUGGCACCUGCCCGCCCCCGUCGCUCAACAAAGACAUCUUCAAUGUGUCGGAGUGCAUCGACCAGUUUCCGGGAUCCAGUUGCUUCGUGACGUGCGCUGCUGGAUGGUUCGGGCCAGCCGAGGAGUACCAGUGCACCGUGGAGGAGAUCUAUGUCGGGACUGCACCCAUCUGCGUCACCACCACCUCCACAACGACGGUCACUACGACGAGAACCGAGCUGGUCAUUUGCACGGACGGUUUGCCCUUGGGUGUGGGUUUGGAUACCUCCGGCUGCUCUGGGCAGGUCGUGAGUGGGGAGAUCUGUGAGGUGACCUGCGCCAGCGGCUACAGAGGAACUUCGUCGACGUAUCUCUGCAACCCUUUUACUGGCAGGUUCGACGGUACCCCGCCCACUUGCGAACAGCUCCGAUGUGAGACCCGUGGGCUCCCCAACGCAGGGCUCUACGACGUCACCGGCUGCACCGAUCCACCGCCCUUGCUCGGGGCCUUCUGUGUGAUCUCCUGCCCUGCGGGCUACAUUCCUGCAGAGUCAUCGUACGAGUGCCUGAGCAACCAGCGCAUGGUCGGUACGCCGCCGACCUGCAACAGGCUUCCUUGCGACACGGCCACCCUGCCCAACUCGGCAGGGCUGGAUGUAUCCAACUGCUUGGACAAAUUCGCUGGAGAGUCCUGCGACAUCGGCUGCCUUUCAGGCUACGCCGGGGCGGCGGACACGUUUCAAUGCGACCUCUCCGGACAGUUUGUUGGGACAGAACCCUUCUGUAUUCUCAAGGAGUGCUUGAUUCCCACCUUCUGGGCUGAAGACCCGUCCUUCAACACGACGUGUGCCGGAACGCAGCACGGAGACAACUGCAUCGCGCAGUGCCAGCAAGGCUACACAGGCAUGCCGACCAGCAUCCUCUGUCAGAGCGGGCAGUUGCGCGGAAACCUUCCGCAAUGUGUGGGCCUUCCCUGCUCCUUCGAGGGAUUCCAGUUUGGGACGGGAGAAGUGGCGACGGACUGCUUCGACACAACGACCGGGCAGAGCUGCCAAGUGUCCUGCACCCGCGGCUAUGAUCUUGUAGGUGACCCCACCAUCUACUGCCAACCAGAUGGAAGCUUCUCCGCAUCCACAUCGGUGUGCAACCCCACGACCUGCGGGAACCUGGGGGCGGUGUCGCCCUUCUCGCCGCUUUGGGUGGGCGACUCCUGUGACGUCAUGUCUUUCGGACAAGUGUGCACAGCCUUUUGUGAGAUGGGAUACGACAUCGUUGGGAAUGCAACGGUGCUUCUUUGCGAUGAUGCACCUGCCAGCAGUGCAGGCUUCACCGAGUUUGUUCCGGGAACAGCGCAGAGCUUCCCUGCGGUGGAGUCCACCGGGCCGACCUGCGAUCCCCGGCCGUGCACCAUUGGCAUCCCGAACGUCUUGGGCGCCACGACCGACUGCCCGGGCAAGGUGACGAGAGAGACCUGCUCAGUGUCGCCGCUCCUAGGCUAUGCGAUUGCGCCGGGCAAUUCCAGCACAUUGCUUUGUCAGCCAGAUGGUGCCUUCAAUCAGUCAGCUCCAGACAUCGUCAUCGCCACCUGCCCCGAACCCUCCUUCAGCACGGGCAUCGGGAGCACUUGCCAGAACAAGUUGGUUGGCGCAGAGUGCUGGGCCUAUUGCCAGCUGGAUUGGGUUGGCACUCCGAAGAGAUACGAAUGCCUGGCCAACACAACCUUGAAUGCCGUUCAGGUUGAGGCAAUGGGUGCCGAGAUGCAGUGCGACUGGAAUGGGACCGGCCCCGCACCCGCCCGUCGACUGCAAGCGCUGAGCCCUUGCAACGCUGCCUCAGUCACCUCUGUGGGGCUCGGGAACCAGCAGUUCUUCAAUGACUGCGAUGGCAAGGCUCACGACGAUGUCUGCAUCGCCCACUGCAACUUUGGGUGGACCAUGUUGGAAACUGCCCCAUCCAUCUUCGUUUGCAAGAGCGGCAACCUCGUAGGCUCCUCUCUGCCCACUUGCACGCCUUUGCCAUGUCUGUACGGCUUCCCGGAUGCUCUGGGAGUGCAGCAUGACUGCGACGGCAUCCGCACCGCGGAGACAUGUACUGCAUCCUGCGCUGUUCCAGGCUACACGUAUUCUGCAGGAAAUGCGGCACAGGUCUUCACAUGUCAGCCGGGCGGCACGGUUCAGGGCACCACUCCCACUUGUGAGCGUAUCUCCUGCGCCGACUUGUCCCUUUCUUCGAUGUUCUCACACAACUGCAUUGGCAAGCGCUACCAGGACACGUGCGGCGUCAGCUGUUCAACCGGCUAUCAUCUGACAGGUUGGGGCUCCCAGUUCAUCUGCCAAGCGGACGGAACCUACUCGGGAUCCCUUCCGGCCUGUUCGGGCAACCCAUGCACCGCUGACCUCCCGCCGUCAAGUCGAAGUUGGAGCGCCGAUGGCUGCGAUACCCUGACCACAGGCCAGAGCUGCAGUGUGAGUUGCCUUCCGGGAUUCAACCCAUCGACGACCACCCUCAGCUGUGCUACCUCAGGCCGGCUUGAAGGAGUUCUUCCGGUAUGUCGACCAAGCCCCUGUCCUGCCAGCGCAACGCUUCAGCAGACGCAGUUGGCGCACACUUGCGCGGAUAUUACGUUUGGCGGCACCUGCACGGUGUUCUGUGCUACAGGGUACGGCCUCGUGGGAGACGUGCCGCAGGACUGGCAUUGUGUGCUGGACAAUGCCACGUCGCAGCCGAUCCUGCAGGGGACAGCGCCGCAGUGCGAGCCGUUGCCGUGCGUGUCAGGCUUGCCACAGAACAGUUCGCAAGUGGUCAGCAAUUGCGAUGGAGUGCGAACAGGUGAGGUCUGUCACCAAGUUUGUGCACCUGGCUAUGUGAACACCACAGCCGAAGUGGACUUUGUCUGCAACAGCGACGGCUUUGCUUCCCACGACCACGAGCUUCAAUGUCAGCCCAUCCCCUGCGACACCUCGGCGUCUUUUGACCUCGUUUCCUUCAGCUGUGCUGGAGUGUCUUUCGGGAGCAGCUGCUUUGCAAGCUGCACGGACGGCUACUAUGCCGCGGCUGAACGUUGGACCUGCGGCGAUGAUUCUUCCGGUCUGCCGCGACUGGCAGGCUUUUCGGAAAUCUCGGGUGUUUCGCUUCGUGGAGCGAUGCCCGAUUGCGCAGCCCUCCCGUGUGUCUAUAACCUGCCGGUGGGCUCCCAGUAUGCGCACAACUGCAGUGGAGUGACAACAGGUGGCAGUUGCCUCGUCGCCUGUGGGCCGGAGUUUGAAGGUCCUUCCGAGGUCCUGACCUGUGGCACUGACAGGGCUUUCAACGGGACAUUUCCGCUUUGUCUGUUCGUAACAUCGACGGCCACGUCUACGCGAAGUACCACCUACUCGACCACGGUGUCCACCUCCUUCACAUUGGAGAUAACGAGCACGACCUUGACGCGCACCUCCACCACAGUGCAGACAACACUUGCUCUAGAUGUGGCUUGCCCGGAGGGUGCGCUGCCUGCGCUGGAGGGCACGGGAGAAUUUAAUUGCUCGGGCGAAAGCGUUGUGGGCCAGGAGUGCCGCGCGCCCUGCGAUCACAUUGCGCCAGGAUACCCAGAAGAGGCGAGAGUCCUAUGCAGGUACGACUUUGAAUGGGAGACGAUCCAAGAAUGCCCCAGGCUUGUCGCAGCGAACGUCCCGAUCAUCCUCUAUGUCGGGAUAACGGUGGGCAGCUGCUGCUGCUGCGUGAUCGUUUUGGCCGUGCUGGCCUACCAUGCCAGGAGGAAGCCCGCGGCAGUGUCUCCGGACGUCAUCGCGAGGUCGACCUCUUCAAAGAUCGCGGACUCUCCGGCUCAUACGAAGAAGGCUUUCGAAGCGCCAGACUCGGAGACUGAGCCGGUUGAGGAGCCACCGCAGCCGCCGCCUAGCUUGAACCUGAAGCUGCCAGAGGUCCAAGCUCCGAGCUCAUCGGCUUCUGAUGCCAGCGUGCGUAGCUCCAAGGAGAGGGACAUUCAGCAGUGGGCGGCGGGCUUAUCUGGUACAGCCGAGCCCGAAGCCUCCAUCAUCGUCGCCUCGCCUACGGCGCACGAAUACGACCCCGAGUUCUGGGACUGGGCGAAUCAGUUCUGGGACUGGGCCAACCAGAUCCAGAUCACCGGUGGCGGUGUGCAGUCGCAGCUACCUCCACCACCACCGCCCUUGCCUCCCUCGACAGCGUCAGAGUCGCAGCUGCGAAGCAUCGCCGUUCCGACCAGCAGUGCGAGCCCGCCCCCGUUGCCGCCGCUCCCAUCGUCCCUGGCGGCAUCUCCCCAGGUGUCUGCGCGUUAUCCUGCUCUUCCUCCCCAGCCUACCUUCGCGGAAGACGGUCUGCCUUCGAUUGACCUCCCGAUGUCUAUGCCACUUCCUGGCCAACGAGACGACGUCUCUCCUCCCAUCAGGCGACAUAGGCUGGAGGAUGCUCGCAUCCAGGAGCACUUCGACUUGCCACAGCAGCCGCCACGCAGACAGAAGCCUCGCGAUGGCCACAAGAGGCCACAGAGAACGCAGCGACGGCAAAAUCAGUUUCGAUCAGAUUCCCAGGAGAGGGAGGAGGACCGAAAGACGAGCCGAGCUUCAGACAUGCUGCACGAGCAGGCGGCGUCGAAGGACCUGCAGAUGUUCUCGCUGAGGGCAGAUGCAUCCGCCCCGGCGCUGCCUCCCAUGCCCCCGGCUUUAGCGUUGCCGGAUGUGGUGGAGCACCCGGCACAAGGCGCAGAUGCCUCUGUUCCUGCGCUGCCUCCCAUGCCCGACGCUUUGGCCUUGCCGGAGGGCUUUGACCAACCAUCACCAGUUCGUGCUCGUGACAAGCAAUCGCAAAGCGCUUCGCGAAGAACUCCCCAGGCCAGCAGCGGGGCGAGUCGAACGCUGAGGCAAGCGGCAAACCCACAUGACGAGGUGGUUGUGCACAUACAAGAUGCAAGCCACUGGUAA